GAAACACUCAGGGGGGCCGGAUUCGACCCGCGGGCUAUAAUUUGCCCAACUCUGGAAUAGAUUAUGUAAUUUCAUUCCACUGGUUCCUGUUUGUAUACAAUGCUAUGUUAUCCGUCGCCAAGUGGCGUACUAGGGCCAUAAUAUUACUAUGACCGUACAUUUAAUGCGUGAAAAUCAUUUCUGGACCACGCUUGCCAGAGCAUAGUAUGUGGAUCGGAUGCUUUGCAGACGUUGCGUAAUUGCAGACUGAGGUGUACUCCGUUUUUGCGUGACAAUUUUGUUGUUUAGGAUUUGGCCGCUCAUUAGGUGAAAAAGGGAGGAUUCAUGACUUUUAAAUAUUGAAUUCAUGUGCGUGAAUAGGCACAUAGUCUAGUUUAAAUAUUGGGUGAUUUACAGUGCGGAGGAUUGCAAUCAGUUCAAACAUCAAUGAAUAUGCAGAAAGUUAAUCCUCAUCUGAUUCCUAUUAAGGGGUUAUACUUUUUGUAUUAUGCAGGUUUAUCCAGCUUCAUUCCAUACAAGUCAAUAUAUCAGAAACAGCUUGGAAUGUCAUCUGGCCAAAAUGGCUUUAUACAAGCAACAAUGCAACUCGUUUCUUUGUUUUCUCCCCCAAUCGCUGGUUUUAUUACGGACAAAACAAAGGCAUAUAAAGUGAUGAUGACUGUCUGCAUGUUUUUCUCAAUCGCCUUCACCAUUCCAUUUUAUUUCGUGCCACCAAUAGAGCGUGAGGUAUUAUCAACAAAGAUCCUGUGCUGUGAAGAAGAAGUUAAUAGUCUUCUCCACUGUUUGCCAAUUGACAAUGCAUCCAAUGUUGAAAGUUGCUUAAAUGAUGUAAAUGCACCAUUUGAUGUUAACUUUACACAUCAGCCAGAUUGUCUUAGUCCAAAUGUCACUUUAAACUGCAAAUAUAGUGAUUCUACCGAUGUAUAUGGAUCAACAUUUGCAAUAUUAAUUGCGUUAACAAUGCUAAUGUCUUUCUUCCUAGCACCAGUUACACCACUAGUUGAUUCUUCUGCAAUGGACACUCUUGGUAUCGAAAAUGUAAAAUAUUUUGGAAUUCAACGACUUUGGGGUGCUGUUGGGUUUGGCAUUGUUGGACUAGCCGUCAGUUAUUUCACAGAUGUUAUAAGCCCUGUGGAAGUUUAUGGACUCGAAGCGAAGAACUAUAUUCUUGCUGUUGUAAGUGCAGGAUUAUUCUGGGGGGCAACCAUUGUUCUUAUCAUUACAUCUAUCAAAAUCACUGCCCCAAAAGCAAAAGCUGUUCUUCGUGGUGUUGGGAAACUCCUUAUUAAACCACAAGUCCUGGCUUUUAUAUUCGUUGUUCUUGUGAGUGGUUUCUGCACCGGCGUCCAGUAUUCAUACCUAUUUUGGUACAUGACAGAGCUCAAUGGAUUCAAACAAUAUAUUCUUGGUCUCUCUCUAAUUGUAACUUGUGCUUCAGAGAUUCCAAUGUUUUGGUUUUCUGGAUGGAUAUGUCAGAAGUUUGGAUAUGUAUCUGUUCUAGCACUUGGCCUCAUUGCUGCUAGUAUUCGGUUUUUCACUUACACAUUCAUUACUGAUGCAUGGCAAGUUUUGUUAGUGGAAGGUCUUCAUGGCAUCUCAUUUGCUUUACCAAAUGCUGCAAUAUGUUCAUAUGCUGCUGUCAUAGCUCCAAAAGAUGCAACUGCAACUCUCAUUUCUAUAAGCCAAACUGCUUAUUGGGGCUUGGGCAACAUGCUUGGAGCACUACUUGGUGGAAUAUUGUAUGAAGCUUUUGGUGGGGUCAAGAUGUUUCGCAUAGUUGGGGCAAUUAGUGUAAUCACUGCAGUUCUUUAUGAAAUUAUAUUUGGACAUUUGAACCUGAUAUCGUACUGUUACUGCUGUAAAGACGAAUCAAAGAAAGAAAUAGAAGCUGAAAAACGUGAUUCUAAAACGAAAAUAGUCAAGACACCAGAGGAAGAACAACCACUGCAUGAACAAGAGAAUGGAGUUGUGUAGAGGAACUUAACAAAUCUCUCAUUUAAUUCCCUCUGUCAACAUCGCAUUGUUGUUAUUCUACUAUAGCUCUGUUUCACAACACAACAAGAAGUACACUACAAUGCAUUUUAUCUGGGUUGGUAUCAAUAAAUGAUAACAUGGGCAUGAGGAAAAUUCUUAUUCAAAUAGUCUGCUACAUCAAAAUUCAGUUUAUUGAAAAUAGACAUGUAUAGAAUUGAGAUUCAUUGUAACUUGCCUAUUUUUACCAAUUUGAUAAUGAAUAUUUGAGUCUUAUCACUCAUUUAAAAAAUACAUUGAAAUUUAUAUAGCUUAUAAAAACUGUAGUAUAUACUGAACAUCAUUUAUUUUUUUUGGUAAAUUGGUAAACAGCUUUUCACUUCAACCUAUUCUUAUUUAGGUAGUUAGCGAAGGUGCUGGGCACUGUUGUGCAUUGGUAUCUAUAUCAGCUGGUAAAAUGGAGAUUUCAAAUUGAAGUUAUAUAAUAUUCCUGCCCCUUUCUAAAAUUUUUUGACCCUCCAAAAAACGGUACAUUUUAUUUUCAUACUUUAGGUAAAUACUAAGUUUGAAGCUAAGUUUUGAAAAUUAUGUCAGUAUUGCACUUUCUUUUAUAUUCUAAUAUAAUAACACUGUAUAUUGCUAAAUAUUAUCUAGAUCAAAUUAUCUUGCCUCUGGCUUCUAUUCGGUGGAUAGUAGUUCAUAGUAGUUCAAAAAGUCUGUUUAUAGGUAUUUCAUGCAAUGAUUAUGUGGGAAGCCAAAACUUAUCACUUUAACUUGUUAUAUAAUAAAAAUCUGAUUAUGGUGCAUAUUUAUAAACAGCACAUAAAAUUAGGCUCAGUCAAUGAUGAUUGUGCCAUCAUUUUUUUUAGUGAGCCUUAUAUAUGUAACUGAUACAUGGUUGUAUAACUUUGCAAUUUUUUGUGAUAAAUUCAUGGCAAAACGGGUAUUCUGAUAUAAUAAAAUAAGGAAGCAAUAAUUGCGACAGAUGGAAAUCAAAAUUUUCAUUGGAUGUUUGUAUUGUUAAAUUUGAUUUUGAUGAAAGGACUGGACUAUUUCCAAUUCAUACAUUUCCUCAUAAUUUGUACCUCUCUAUGUAUUUGAGUAUAACACUUGAUCAAAAAAAAAUAAAAAAUUUCCAUAAGACGAUUGAAUUGCUUAAAUAUCAAGAAGUUACCAUUGUUUUGACCUGAUUAAUCGAAUACUGAUUAUGAUCUAUGUCUGGAACUGCAUGUUUAAUUUUAUUUAUAACUCAAAUGAUGCAUUAUUAGAUAAGAGCAUAAACCAUUCCUAAAAUUUACAGUAUGAAACUAACCUUAAUUUGAAUUAGUUUUGGUUAUGACAAUUCUUUUGUUCAUAGUAUCUCUUUACAUUGUGUUGAUUUUGUCUUUUGGAUCUUUCAUUGUUUUGCACAUUCUAUAUUUAUCAGUGAUAAUAAUUAUUGCAAUGUGUUGCUAUAAUUUUUAUAUGCAGUUCAACAUUCACAUAUAAUAUUUGUAAAAUACUAGCUACUAAUUUACCUAUAUUAAUAAUUUUAAUGCAAAAUUUCUAUACUCGUUAGAAGACUAAAUGCAUUGAUACAGUUGUACAUAUGCAAACAUUUGUGCCAAGUCAAUAUUUACUAGUUGUAAUAGUGACCAAGUUAAAUAUUAUUGCCAAGUUAAUUUGUAAUAUAAUGCUGAUGUAUGUUAAGUUAACAUCCAACAUUUUCAAUGUGGUUUUAAAAUGAUUUAACCUGACCGAUAAAGUAUCUUUAUAGUUUUUAUUACAUAGGGAUAUAUGAUCAAUCUUUUCAAUGUUAUGUACUUCCUUUACCAAUUGGUUUCAUGUUUCAGAAUUAUCUUCCCGUCUGCUGCUUUAAGUGAUAUCAGUCUGUAGAUAGACAUUGCAAUAUGUUAAUAUAGGUUAACUGCUAUGCUGAUGUCACAAUUGAAUAUAUAAAAAAAUGCCUGUGGAAUAUUUUGAAUCGAAUUGGAAGGCAAUUUAUAGUGUAAUUUUUUAAUAUGGUAUCGUGUAUUACUAUUUAAUUAUCUCAGCAUAUUAGUGUUGGUGGGGUUUAUGACAAACAAAUCUGAUGCUUGCUUCAUAUUGUAUUUCAUCAAAUCUUCAUGCCACCUCAGAUUGCCUGUAAACAAUUGUUUUAUGUUAAGGUUUUUUGCAAUAAGACUUGCUUCUGGUAUUAAAGUGGCUGCUUGUUAUUAUGAAAAUUAGGUAAUCUCUCAUUUAGAUAUAUAGUAAUAUCUCUAUAUUUUAGACACUAGUACCAUAUAUGCAGUGAUAUUAGGCUUUUAGGUACUUUUUUUACAUGCAGUAUUUUGAAUCAUAAUAUAUAUGGUACGUUUUAUCAUGAAUGUCUAGUAUAAAUUGCUUCAAAACAAAAUAUGCUCUUUCACGACCAAAUAUAGUAUUUGAUUAGGAAUUUAUUGAUUACAUUUCGUUGUUAAUUUGCCAUAAAUCUCAUACUAACCAUAAAUAACUUUAAUCUUUUUGAUUACUCGGACAUCUCACCUUAUUGUGAAUAUGCAUUUAAUCGAUAGCAACCAAUUCAGCUUUCAUUACUCUCAAGUGGAAAUAGUCAAGUAAAAUUGUAUGGGCCAAACUUACUAAUUUUUGGAUACUUUCAAAUGUGUGCCUUGUUUGUAUUUUCUGUGUCAAUAAAUGUGCCUUCAAUUAAA